AAUCUACAUAUCCUACUAGACAAUACUUGACGAACUUAUCACAUAUUCGAUUUCUAACCUUGUUCUUAAUGUAGCUCAAAGUAGAAAAGACUCUUUCAACACUUGUCGUGUAACCAUAAAAUCAAUUCAAAAUUAAGGGUAGCGUGUACGUAGUUUAAUUAUUAGGUAUUGAAAAUAGUUGGGGAUAAAGAAAUAGCGUUUUACUGUUGCAUGAUGUUUAAAAUAGAAUAACAAAUGAGUAGCAACAUAAUUAGAAUAUGUUUGAUAAUAGUAGUGUCCUAGGUUGGAAUAACACGGACUACCACUUAUAUUUUGUUAAUCAUAAGCAAACUAUUAUCGAAGGUAGGAUAAUCAUUUUCAAAUGUUAGGGUGUCCCGGAUUACCAAUUAUAUUUGUAUACCCAUACGAAACUACUACCGGAGGUUGGAUAAUCGUUUCACCAAAUUUUAGGGAUGUCCCGGGACACCCCUACAAGCCCAUAUAUCCGCCCCUGGGCGAGCACCUCCUCUCCCCGUGCCUUCGUCGCCUCCGCCUCCAUCCUGUCGCGUCGUGCCGCCGUUCACAGAGAUUCAACAGAGAAGGUGAGUGCCUCCUCUCUCCGCCUUCAUCGCCUCCGCCUCCCUCCCGUCGACGGGUUCCAGCCACACCUCCAUUCCCCUGGCGACUGCUGCUUCUUCCAGUUUAAAAUGGAGAGAUGGAAGGAGAGAGAGAAAUAACAGUUGCGGUGAGGAAGACGCCCAAUGAUUUAUGUUUAGUGAGUUUUUUUUAAUUUUUUUUAUUGAAUUAAACGCAACGUUUAGGUUUUUUUGUAUGCGGCUAACCGAGCCUAAAACCAAAACCAGUUGGCCGGUUAACCGUGGCUUCCUUCACGGUCGACAACCGUAGGAGGUGGCUCGGUUUAACCGAUAACCGAGAAUAUAAUUUUCGAUUGAACCGAAACCGACCGACUGACACCCCUAGGAUAUGGAGUAGGGUUGAAGAAGAGGAUAUGAGAUCUAAGUUUUUUUAUGAAUCGGAGGAUAGAAGGGGGGGGGGGGGAGGGGAGAAAAAUGAAAAUGACUUUUUUCCAGUUAAUUUCAUUUAGGUUGUUGACCUUCGUCGAGUCAGCAUUUUCGUUAGUCCAGUUAGCAUGUUAAACGACAUUAUUAAAGAAUUGAAUAGAAU